CCCCUCCCCUCACAUGACCGAUGUCGACGCUGUUGCCGCGCCCGCCUGCCCCUCGGAAGAGCCCCUCGGCCGGCAGUAUGGCACCGCCGCGCUGCCCCGCCGGUCUCGCGCUGCUGCUGCUCCUCCUCGGUGCCUGCGGUUUUUUCCAGUCCUAUGCAGUGGAAGUAGAUGUAAAGGAUGCCUCUAAUUUUACAUGCUUGUACGCACAAUGGAUGAUGAAAUUCUUGAUAAAAUAUGAAACAAACAGUAGUGAUUAUAAAAAUGCAAGCUUGGAUUUGACAUCCACUGUGACACACAACGGAAGCAUCUGUGGCAGUGACACACAAGCUGCACUUCUGGCAGUGCAGUUUGGAGAUGGUCACUCUUGGAGCAUUAACUUCACAAAAAACAACGAAACUUAUCGGGCUGAGUUUAUCACAUUUACCUACAACACCAAUGAUACUGCUGUCUUUCCUGAUGCUAGGAGACAAGGACCAGUUACAAUUGUUGUAAAGGACGCUAUGCAUCCAAUUCAACUGAAUAAUGUCUUUGUGUGUCAUCAUACUACCUCUUUGGAAGCAGAAAACGUAACACAGAUUUUCUGGAAUGUUACUAUGCAGCCUUUUGUUCAAAAUGGCACAAUUAGUAAAAAAGAGUCUAGGUGUUAUGCUGAUACACCUACUGCUGCACCUACUGUUCUGCCUACUGUUGCCAAUGUAACUACUGCAUCUACCACCAUUUCACCUGCUCCAACCACCGCUCCCAAACCUGCUGAGAAUCCAGUCACAGGAAACUAUUCUCUUAAAACUGGAAAUAAAACUUGUCUUCUGGCUACUGUGGGGCUGCAGCUGAAUAUUUCCCAAGACAAGCCUCUUCUGCUCAACAUCGAUCCAAAAACAACUCAUGCAGAUGGUACAUGUGGUAACGCAUCAGCUACUCUGAAAUUGAAUGAUGGAAAUAGGACAUUAAUUGAUUUCACGUUCAUUGUUAAUGCAAGUGCAAGUGUACAAAAAUUUUAUCUGAGAGAGGUGAACGUUACGCUGCUCAACUAUCAGAAUGGUUCUGUCAUUUUAAGUGCAGAUAACAACAACCUGAGCAAAUGGGAUGCUUCUCUUGGUAAUUCUUAUAUGUGCCGUAAGGAGCAAACUCUUGAGAUUAAUGAAAAUCUUCAAGUACAUACUUUUAACCUAUGGGUUCAGCCAUUCCUUGUGAAAGAAAAUAAAUUCUCAAUAGCCCAGGAGUGUUCGCUGGAUGAUGACACCAUUCUAAUCCCAAUUGUAGUUGGUGCUGCACUUGCUGGCUUGAUUGUCAUUAUAGUGAUUGCUUACAUAAUUGGCAGAAGGAAAAGCUAUGCUGGAUAUCAAACUUUGUGAAUCAAAAUGUAAUCACUGUUCUGAUUUCACCCUUAAUGAAGCAAGUGCAAGUUCCGAAGUCCAAAAAAGCCCCAAAACUUACAACUAAAUACUAGCCACAGCUAGUUGGAGUUGGGAAGCAAAGGGAGAAUGUUUAUCUCAGAUGAAGCAGAACUACGUUUUUAGUUUUCCAGCUCCAAGAAGAUGACGUGAGUCUCGUAGCUGUUCUGAAGAUGGCAGAUGUCGCUAUUGCAUAAAUGACUAGGCUAAGGAUUUUAUUUUGAACAAAACCUUGAAAUGUUUAGGAUUUAUUUUUCUUCUUAUAAAUUGUAGCCUGAAAUAGAGCACAUUUUAAACUGAUGUGCAUUGGGCAAAUCCCAGAAUUGCAUAGGAUUUGUACUUGCUUCUCUCUUCUGCAUUCCUUAGUUGUUGUCAUAUUUGUGGGUUAAGUUGGCAGCAUUAGUCACCAUGUUGACUCAUGUAGUACUUACCACGGAUUAUAUGAUGCCCAGUAACAGCUUUGUUUUUCAUACAGUUGAACUUCAGGCUGGUGACUGAGUGAUUUUUU